AUGUUGAUCACCGGGUCCUGGUUGGAGAUUCCCCGCCGAUCACUGACAAGGGAAAGACCUCUGUGUAAACAACACAGGUCUUUCUCCUGUCAGCAGUAACAUGCUGCUGUGUAUUUCUCUUCAGAGAAAUACACAACAGCAUGUUUUCCCAGUAAAAACACACACAGCACACAUAAUAAAACAGUUAACCCUUUGAUUGCCCCAGAUGUUAACCCCUUCCUGCCCAGUGUCAUUAGUACAGUGUCAGUUGCUUUUUGUUAGCACUGAUCACUGUAUUAGUGUCAUUUGGAUGUCAGGGACACAUAAUUUGUUCUUCCCCCCCCCAUGUCAGAAUGCCUGCCGCAGUCCCACUAUAAGUCAUUGA